AUGUCAUACGGGGGGGCCGCCCCCAGAGCCCCCGGAGCCGCCCCAAGCGGUUACGUCUACCCGGGGGAGGCUGCUCCCGGACAGCGGUCACGUCAUACGGGGGGAGGCCGCCCCCAGAGCCCCCCAGGAGCCGCUCCCGGACAGCGGUUACGUCCUACAGAGGGAGACCCAGACCUCCCUCCCCAUUACACGCCCGCGCUCCCUCGGACCGGCACCUCCCGGGUGAGGGCGAGGCCCCCUCAGCGCGGCCUGAGCCUUCCCUCUGCCGCAGCCAGGGAGCUCUGGGGAGCCGGGGGGAGGGGGAGGAGUAACGCCCGGAGCGGACGCCGCCUCGCCAGGGAAUGCGGGGCGGCCCCGCCCGGGCCCCGCCCCCGCCCGAGGCCCCCCCUUUUCGGGCGGCGGGCGCGGCUGCGCAGGCGCGGUUACCGCGCGGCCCGGCCGGCCCUUGGUCCCCGCGUUGCGUGGCCGAGCGCCGGGGCGGGGCGUCAGAGGGGAGCGUCCGAGUGUGAUUGGUCAGAGCGAGCGCGUCACGGGGGGCGGGGCCGCCGGGAGCGCGAGCUCUUCCUCCCUCCCAGAGCUGAGCGCGGCGAGGCGUCCGUCCCGUGCUUGCGGCCCCGGUCAGCCCCCCGCUGGAGAAAGAAAGCCCUCCCCCCGGCGUCCUCCUCCCUUCCCAGCCCGAUCUGCGGAGGACCAGGGCCGGCCCGGCAGGGAGCCGCGGGAAUGGCCCCCGAGAACUUGGGGCGCCCGCUCCAGAAGUUGGUGACCUUCAAGGAUGUGGCUGUGGACUUCAGCCUGGAGGAGUGGGGUCUGUUGGACCCGGAUCAGAAAGAGCUGCACAUGGAGGUCAUGCUGGAGAAUGCCGAGAACUUGCUCUCCCUGGGCUUGCCGGCUCCCAAAGAAGUGAUCUCUCAUCUUGAGCAAAGGGAAGCACAGGGGAUGCUGGAGCAAGAAGUCCUGAGGAGCUGCUGCCCAGAAAGACAGAUUAGACCUGAAAUGAAAGAGCUGAGUGGGAAGCUGAGCAUUUCUGUGGAAGAAACUCAUCAGCAAAGCUUCAUGAGUGAUGGUAUCUGUGACUUCACUAGGAGACCAAUCUGUACUGUACUUCACAGAGCCAGCACUGGAGGAAAACCUUAUCAAUGUCAUGAAUGUGGAAAGACUUUUAGGAAAAGCUAUAAUCUUGUUAAACAUCAGAGAGUUCACACUGGAGAGAAACCUUAUGAAUGUGAUCAGUGUGAAAAGGCUUACAAAAACAAGACUGGUCUUAUUGUACAUCAGAGAGGUCAUACUGGAGAGAGACCUUAUAUAUGUGAACAAUGUGGAAAGACUUAUAAACAGAAAGCUGGUGUUAUUAUACAUCAGAGAGUCCAUACUGGAGAGAGACCUUAUGAAUGUGAUCAGUGUGGAAAGGCUUACAAAAACAAGACUGGUCUUAUUGUACAUCAUAAAGUCCAUGCUGGAGAGAAACCUUAUAAAUGUGAACAGUGUGGAAAGGCUUUCAUACAGAAGGCUUAUCUUGCUGUACAUCAGAGAGUCCAUACUGGAGAGAGACCUUAUGAAUGUGCUCAAUGUGGAAAGGCUUACAAAAACAAGACUAGUCUUACUGUACAUCAGAGAGUUCAUACUGGAGAGAGACCUUAUGAAUGUGCUCAAUGUGGAAAGGCUUAUAAACAGAAGACAGGUCUUACUGUACAUCACAGAGUCCAUACUGGAGAGAAACCUUUUGAAUGUGAUCAAUGUGGAAAAGCUUACAAACAGAAGAUAGGUCUUAUUGUACAUCAGAGAAUCCACACUGGAGAGAAACAUAAAUAUAAUGAAUGUGGAAAGACUUUUUAGAAAAAGCUCUGGUCUUGUUAAACACCAGAGAGUUCACACUGCAGAGAAACCUUAUGACUGUAAUGAGAGUGAAAUGCAUUCAAGUAGAGUUCUAUUGCUGCUGUACUCCAGAGAAUCCACAGUAGGCAGAAACCUUAUAAAUGCAAUCAAUGUGGAAAGGCUUUCAUAUGAAAAUGAAUCUUUUUGCACAUGAGGGAAUCCACACUGGAGAGAAACAUUGUAAAUGUAAUGAAUGUAUAAAGGGCUGUUUAGAAAACCACAAUUUACCUGCAUAUCAGAAACCUCAUGAGUGUGAUCAACAUGCAAAGAAUUUCCAACAACAUAACACAUUUUCUGCCCAUCAGAAAAUCCCAGCUGGAGAGAAACCUUUGGAAUAUUAUUCGAUAUGGAGAUGCUUCUAGAUAUCCCUCUGAUAUUAUCUACUUUAGAGAAGCCACACUGAAGAAGGGUUUAGAUUGUGGUAAGGUUUUUUUAUAUGCUCUCUUCCUUGACCUAAAAUAAAAGAAUCCAUACCAGAGGAUAAAAAUCAUUAAUGUAGCCACAUAGAAAAGACUAAAUUCAUCACUUAUUUCCCAUCAGGGAAGAGGAAGUAAAAGGAAAUAGAAAUUACAUCCCUGUAACAAAUGUGGAAAGGCAAUACAGAGCUUGUUAAAUAUCAGGGAUAUUCAUUUUGUGAACAUGCCCUGCCUGGACUCAACGUGGGAAGGUCUUCAACCAAAGAUCAUUUCUUAAGACCCUCAGUGGAGAAAAGAUUUCAGAAUCUGUUCAAUGAUGACCCGCCUUCCUUACAAAAUGGAGAUAUUAGACACAAUGUACUACUGUGUACAUUGGAAAAAUCUUCAUGUAGAUAAAAAUUUAUGGAGCUAAGAGAAGGUAUUUCUAUAAAGCACAGAUUUCCUUAGAAAUUACAUUUCAUAUAGUACUUUAAGCCAGAAAAAUGGGCAGUAUUUCUCAGAAUCUUAAAGCUUUGACUUGUGGGAACCAACAUGACAGAAUAACCUGGAAAUUGCUCAAACUCUUUCAUAUUCACCUCUAAACAGUUAUAAAAUUAUGCCCCAAAAUGAAUUUUGGAAUUGUAGAACCAGUGAAAAAGAAAGGCUCAGACAAAUCUUUUCGCUAAAAGAAACUUGGAAAGUUGUCAGGUAAGGUCUCCUAAACUUCUACAAAAGGGGAGUAUGGUCCAGGACAGAAAGCAUUACAGGAAGUCAGUAGCAUUCCCUGCUUCAGCAAAACAGCAAGAUGCCCUAAGCCCCGAUGCAGUUCCUGACAGGCAGGCAGACAAGACAACAUUGGACCCCAUCAUGUGCCUCAAUGCAGCUCCAGUGAACAGGCGGAGACCAUCCAGGAACCUCUUCUCUGCCAUAUGCUUUGCAUUCCAUCUUUCCAAGGGUAGCUUCCAUCUUCUUGAGACAUGGCAAAGUACUUGCCACUCACCUCCCUGACUGUCCACAGCCGUAGCAGAGCAGCAGGAAUUCCUACGGUCCUGGUGUAGCUCAGCGGUGUCCCAUAUGGCUCAGCAUAGUAUCAUGCAACUGGGUGGAAGGUCCACAGCCCCAUUCCACAGAACUCAGUGCAACCCAAGGCCAGCUCCCUGCAGCAUUCACCCAUAUCAGUCACCCCGAUUCUUCUGCAGGUCCCCAGGACAAUAUCACGCAUAAUGGUCUCUGUGAGCCUCAAGGGAGUGCUGUCUCAACACUAAGAAAAUAUCUAGGGCCCACAAAGCACCUGGCAAAAGAAGCUUGAACCUAUUUCCCUUGUACCUCAGGAGCAGAACUCAAAUUAAGGGGAAAGGUUGGAGAAAGAAAGAAGGAAAGAAAGCAAAUGAGCAUAGAAAGUUAUGCUAACAAGAUCAAACAAAAAUUGAGAAGAGGGCCAAAAUGUCAAAUACCUAAGGGAAAAUUAUAAAGAAAAAACAGGAUGGGACUCAAGCUCAGAAAGAACUCAUGGAAAAGCUCAAAAAGAAAAACUACGAAAACCGCUUUGAAAAAGUAAGUAGGUUGAAGAAAAUAAUGUUUUAAAAAUUAGGAAUGGGCAAGUGGAAGAUAAAUAAUUCUAUGGGACGUCAAGAAUCAAUGAAACAAAAUUAAAAUACUUUUUAAAAUAGAAAAAUAUGUAAACCAUUUCAUUGGAAAAACACCUGGUCUAGAAAAUAGAUUCAGGAAUGAUAGUUUAGGAAUCACUUGAAAGCCUUAAUUUAAAGCAAGACUUAGACAUUAUACUUGAAGAAAUUAAUAUCAAAUGUGCUAGAACAGAAGGUAAGAGAUUGAAAGAAUCCAUACACAAAUCAACUGAAAGAGAUCCCUAAAAGAACAUUCCAAGGAAUAUUCUAGCCAAAUACUAGAACAAUCAAGUCAAGGAGAAAAUAACUUCAAGCAGCCAGAAAGAAAAAAUAGAUAUAGAUAUAUAUACCAAAGAGUCAGAAUUAGGCAGAACUUUGAAACUUCAAUAUUAAAAGUUUUAUGGGCUUAGAAUAUGGUAUUUCAGAAGGGAAAGAAGUUUUGCUUAUAAGAAUCAACUGCCCAGCAAAAAUAAACAUAAUCCUUCAGAAGAAAAAAUAAACAUUCAGUGAAAUUGGGGACUUUCAAAUCUUCCUGAAGAAAAGAUCAGAGCUGAACAGAAAAUUCGAUCUUCAAUUACAAAAAUCAACCAUAUUAAAGUGGUAAAAGGAAAAAAAUAAUUAAGAUUAUGCUUGUAAGCCUUAAGAACUUACCUCUAUUAGGGCAGCUGGAAGGAGUAUAUAUAGAAAGAAUGUAGGCACAAGUUGACUUUGUGAUUACAUUUUGAAAAGUUAAACGUUAGAAAAAAGGAUUGUACUGAAAGAAGAGCAAAGGUUACAUGUGAGUAGAGUAAAUUAUAUCACAUUAAGAGAUGCAAGAAUUAUUAUUGUAGAAGGAAAGGAAUGAACAGUGUUUGAAUCUUAUUCUCAUCAGGUUUGUCCCAGAGAGAAAAAAUACAAAUGCAAUUGGGUAUUGAAAUCCAUCCUGCCCUACAGGAAAAUA